GAAAAACCUGCCAUGGGUUUUAUAUAUGAUGGGAUGGAUUGUGCCAAGGAAAAGAUAAAAAUCAACUUCGGCAAUGUUAAGAAAAGUUAUGAACCUGUAUGGAAUAUUAUUGAUGAAAGGUGGGAUAAACAACUCCAUAGACCCUUACAUGCAGCUGCAUAUUACCUCAAUCCCCAUUUCCAUUAUGACCCUAAUUUUAGAGAUGAUGAUGUUGAGGUUAAACAAGGGUUAUACAAUUGUAUGACAAGGUUGGUGAGUGACUUGAAUGAGAGGAGCAAGAUUGGUACGCAACUUGCUGAAUUUCAUUAUGCUAGAGGGUUGUUUGGUCUUGAUACUGCAGUGGCUAGUAGGAAGAUUAUGCUUCCUGCAGAAUGGUGGGACUUCUAUGGGGAUGGAUGUCCAGAGUUAAAGAAGUUUGCAAUCCGUGUACUAAGCUUAACUUGUAGCUCUUCUGGAUGUGAGCGUAACUGGAGUUCAUUUGAAAUGGUUCAUACAAAGAGAAGAAAUCGCUUGCACCAAAGGAAGAUGAAUGAUUUGGUUUAUGUGAUGUAUAACUUGAAGCUAAAGAGUAAACAAGUGAAAAGAAAUCUUGUUAUUCCUUUUGAUGAACUUCAUUCUGAUGAUGAGUGGAUAACUGAGGAAGGAGAUGCUAUUUUUAAUGGAGAGGAUGUCCAACCACCACUUAGGGAUGAAAAUGAAAAUGUGGAUGAUGGUGGAAAUGUUGAACUAGUUGGAGAUUCAACCAAUCCAACUUUAAAUGACCUUGAGGAUUUGGUCUUUGAUGAUGUGAAUAUUGAAGAACCCUUAUCAUCAGAUGAAGAGGAUGAGCUUGAAGAAAAUGAAGAUGAUGAUGAUGCACAUGCAUUUGUUGGAGGAUUGGACUUUGAUUGAUUAAUUUAGAUCUUGUUUUAUGUUUUUGAUUUGUGGACUUAUGUGUUUUCGACUUUUGGUUGUUUAUGUAUGGUUAAGAUUUGUAUUAUGACAUUUUAUUGUUGUUAUUUGACUUAUUUUAGACUUAGAAUGUUGAAAUAGUGAUAUCA